CAGCUGCCUCUCUCCCCACCAUCUCCUCACUUCCUCCGGCUUGUUCAUCCAUACACAGACAGCAACCAUGCCGCCCCGAAUCAAAGAGAGCGCUGCUGGUGUGCCCACCUACUGGGGCCAGUCCGGUAGGAUGCUCCAGGUCCUCGUCACUAUUGUCGCCGUCACCGACUUCCUUCUCUUCGGCUACGACCAGGGCGUCAUGAGCGGAAUCAUCUCUGCCCCCGCUUUCAAGCACGCUUUCCCCCAGGUCGACGGCGACUCGACCUACGAGGGCUUUGUCGUCUCCAUCUACGCUGUCGGUUGCUUCCUCGGUGCCUGCUUCAUCUUCAUCUUCGGAGACAAGCUCGGUCGCCGCAAGAGCAUCUUCCUUGGUGCCUUUGUCAUGAUUAUCGGUGUCAUUAUCCAAAUCGCCUGUGUCCCUCCCAACGGCGGCGCCACUGCCCAGUUCAUCGUCGGACGAUGCAUCACAGGUGUUGGCAAUGGUAUCAACACCUCGACCAUCCCCACCUACCAGGCUGAGUGCUGCAAAGCCAAGAACCGCGGAAAAGUCAUCUGUAUCGAAGGCUCCAUGGUCGCCAUCGGCACGCUCAUUGCCUACUGGAUUGACUACGGCUGUCUCUACGGCCCCGACGACUUCACUUGGCGAUUCCCCAUCGCUUUCCAGUGUGUCUUCGCCAUAAUUGUCAUCAUUAUGAUGAUCUCGCUCCCCGAGUCUCCUCGAUGGCUGCUCAACCAUCACCACGAAGAUGAAGCUGCCACGGUACUGGCUGGCUUGAACGGCCUCCCCCGCGACGACCCCGAGGUUCGCCUCCAGAUGCAAGUCAUCCGUGAUGCCGUCAACGCUUCCGGUGGCGGUGGCAAGGUCCCUACCAAGGCUCUCCUCACAGGCGGAAAGACACAGCACUUCCGCCGUGCUCUUCUCGGCGCUUCGGGUCAAUUCAUGCAGCAACUGUCUGGUUGCAACGCCGUCAUUUACUACUUCCCCAUUCUGUGCCAGGACGCUCUGGGUACCACCCACAACCUUGCCCUUCUUUUGGGCGGUGUCAACAUGGUGGUCUACGCCGGAUUUGCUGCCACCUCAUUCUUCUUUGUCGAGCGCGUCGGUCGCCGCAAGCUUUACCUCAUCGGUACCGUCGGUCAGAUGCUUUCCAUGGUCCUGACCUUUGCCUGUUUGAUCGACAAGACUGUCUCUGCGCCCGGAGCCGCCGUCGGUCUCUUCACUUACAUUGCUUUCUUCGGUGUCACCUGGCUGCCUCUUCCCUGGUUGUACCCGGCUGAGAUCAACCCUCUCAAGACUCGCCAGAAGGCCAACGCCUUCUCCACCAUCAACAACUGGCUGUGGAACUUUUUCAUCGUCAUGAUCACUCCUGUGCUCAUCAGCAGCAUCGGAUGGGGCACUUACCUCUUCUUCGCCGCUCUCAAUGCCUCCUUCAUCCCCGUCAUUUACUUCUUCUAUCCUGAGACUGCUGGACGCUCCCUUGAAGAGAUUGACCUCAUCUUUGCCAAGGGUUUCACGGAGAAGAUGAGCUAUGUCCAUGCCGCCAAGCAGCUGCCCAAGAUGGACGAGGCCCAAAUCGCCGAGGCCGUCCGCCAGUACGAUAUUUCUGACAGCGACGUCGAGAACCGAUCUGCUGCUGGAUCCUUCAAGGAGAAGCGCCGCCAGGAUGAGGAGCUCAUGCCCCAGGCUAGUGCACAGCCGUAAAAUCUCAUUUUUUGCCAAAGCAUGUAUGUGAGCGCUGGUCGCAAUAUUUGCGAAUGAGCGCUGUGCGUGCGCGAUGACAUCGGCAAGCCGAUGCAUGAAUGCAUUUAUGUCUGGUGGGAAAUAUACCCGGCGCUGAGACGCCACCCAAUCCGGGCUUGUGGGACUCUUUACUCUGAAAAAAAAAAUGUUGAACCAUGUGCUUGGGAACAUGCAGCCUUUUUCCUUUUUCCAAUUUUCUGCAAAUCUAGCAUCGCAUUAUACCAUAGAUCGACAAAAAUGUGUCGUAUACUCAAUUCAAUAUCUAUGAUUCC